UACGUUUUACGAAUAUUCGCGAAGAAGCCCGUCGUUGCUCUCCUUCGUCGAUUUUUGCAUGACCUAUCAGCUAUAUCGAGUCAAAAGUAACAAACUGACCGUGUGGACGAUGCUCGUCCUUUUUUCUGUGAAAAAAAAAAAAAAAGACGCGAAAUUUUAGGGUUCUCUUUCGCACGGAAACCGACCAACCAACCGAGAAAGAGAAAACUGAUAACGAUGAUGGUAAGAAUGGAGAGAAUGCAUUUUACCAUACGAAAAUAUUGUAAGUGUGAAGCAUUAUUGCUAACUCUAUACAUAUGUAUGUAUGGUUUUUUCGAUCGUACGAAUAGAAACAGUUUCCAAAAUACACAAUCUCUUACAAAGUAAUUUUGGCUGCGAUUCAAACUCAAGAUACGAGAGAGGGUAGCGAAAGAAAGAAUGAGGGAGAGAAAGAGAGGAAGAGAAACAUUUUCGAAACUUGGAAUUGUCCGAGUUGCGAACGACAUUGUUUUUUCCGUGUAAAAGCGAGCAAGUCUUAUGAAAACUUUGUAAGCUUCCUAAUAAAAUAGCAUUUAAUCGAUAAACAGCAUUUCUCAUUUCGGUUUAAUAGCUAUACCCUUUUAGCUUCGUCUACGAGAGCAUUCUUGCUUGCUAGAAGAACACUUUCCUCGAUUUGUUCGCACGAUCGUCGUCGAACAAAAGACACACGGUACAAUUCUCUCGAUUAAUUCGUUGGAAUUUACUUCAAACUCGAUUGUAAGUCAAGCUUUCAUUCUCUAAUUUUGAUCAAAGUGUACUGAAUUUGAAUUCGAAGUACAUGCAACUGAACUGCCAAAGAAGAAGUUCAUUUUGCAUUACAAAAUUGGAAAUUGCAUAGCUUAAUAUACAGAGUGCCCACCUAACUCUUCCGUGCUUGAAUAUUCUUUUAUUUGUCGUGAUACACAAAAAUGUUUCGGAAAAAUGUUAUGAUAUUUCAAGGUGGAAAUUCGAUUGUCAGAAUGAUUAUCUCGCGAUCAGAUCUUGUGAAAUUUUGUUUAUCGUUAAAACGUAUCCAAACAUGUACCGCGCCCCAUGUCCAAUGACAUUGAAGUGACUCGAGUCGAAAAUAACUGACUGAUGUGGGAAUUCAAGGAAAAUGAAUUACGAUGUAUGUAAACGAAUGUGAACGCAGGCAACGCAAGACGCGGUCAGGUGAAACAACCCCCAUUCCUCUUUCCUUUCAUCUACAAUGUACAUGUAUUAUUGCUCCGGGGCGUAUCGACCAAAUAUAUCCCCACCUCCGUCUCCUUCAUUGUAUAGAUGGUUAACACGAUACAGCUGAUCCUCGAUAAACGUAACUGUCGUCGUCGCCUUAGGUCGAGGAGGACAACUAUGGAUCGAACGAGUUCUCACGGUUCCAACUCAUCCGCGGUGGCCAAACAAUUAGAAAAACUACCACCUUUUAAAUUAUGCUUUUCCAAAGAUAGAUUAAUUGGCAAAUCGAACAUACGUGUAUCGAAAAUCAACGGAGAAUCGAUCACACCAAAAUUUUACUCGAAGGAAUACGAAAAUAGAGCGAACAAUUUCAACACGAUUGAUACAUUCGAGAAAACUACGGAAGAGCAGGAAAAUGGUGGCAACUGUAGUAGACGCCCACCAGUUUUACUUAGCAGCAAUGCGUACGGCUGGUGGCACGAACGAGGAUUACAGCCGCUUCGAUCUCGAUUCGACUUCCAUAGAAAAACGUCCGAUUUAGUCAAUUUCGGGACAAACGUCCGAAACGAGAAACGGAAGAUCGAAAAUUAAGAGAGCCGAAGUAGUGACGUAUGCAUAUAAAUAUUGCCAGAGACAAAUUCCUUUGUUUAUUUAUUAGAUUUUUUAGUUAAAAGCUAUACGCACGUACAUUCAUUAAAACGUAAACGAAACAAGUUGUAAUAAAUGGAAACAGGGUGAGUAGAAAUGAAAAUAAAUUUUCCCGCUUGAAAUCAAC